CCUGAAGUAAUUGAUGAAAGGUCAAUGAAGAUCUGAAACUAAAGGGGGAAAGUAAAAAAAUAACAAGUAUGGGAAAAAUCAGGUUUCAUCGACGUACAUAAAGUUAUAUGCUACCAGAUACCAUAGUACUUUUAGUAUGGUAUUUCCUACCCUGUUUCUUGAAAAAAAAGUUAAAUGGAAAUUCAAAAUGCUCAGUUUGCUGAUUUGGUCAGGGAAGAGCCAGUAUUGUGUUUUUUAUUUUUGUAGCAACAAACAACAAUAAAAAAUUUUUAAACUGUUUUAUAUUAUUUAUAGAGAAAUUUCACAUAAAAUGUUUGCGACAUCAAACAAAGUGAGAGUAAUGAUACCAACAUUCAAGACGGUCACUAAUCAAGAUGAUGGAAAGAAUUACACUGUUUAUUGCAUCGAAGUUAUACACAAUGGAAAGAUUGUUCAGGUUGAGAGAAGAUACAGUGAAUUUUAUGACAUAUAUCGAAAGCUUCAAAAAAUAAUCGACAGGAAAAUUUCAUUCCCACCGAAACGUGUACUGAACAAAGAUGGUAAACUUUUAGAAACACGAAGAAAAGGAUUGCAAUUCUACCUUCAAGCAGUGCUGCAUCUAUUUCAAGAUGAUAUUCCUGAAAGACUUUUAAAUUUCUUGGAGCUUCGUGACUUUUAUGACGAAGAGAUAGAAGAUAAUACGUUAGAUGACAGCGAUGAUCUUGAUGAGUCAUAUCAAGUUCCACAGACGAAUCAGCACCAGAGAAUGAUUUGUUUUAAGAAGGAUGUGUAUCUUCAUCCGACCAGUGAAGAACGAGAAGAAGAGCGACGUUUACCUUGUAUUGUGAUGAAGGGUUGCUUGGAUGGCAUAUAUCGAACCUGAUAACAAGAUUUAACCCAACAGCUUUAUCGCAUGUCAAAUCUGACAGUGUCAUCCCAUGUUGAAUGUAACGGUGUCAAUUUACUCAGCUCAAGUAAUCACAUGCUGAAGUAGAUGAUGUCAUAUUUUGGCCUUCAUGAAGUGACAAGAUGCUGUCUAUUUGGCUUUUGAGUAUCCAAUCCAAAUAUUGGUUACAACAGAGAUAACUCUGUUUUUUCAUAAUGUUAUUCUGUUGAUUUUAAUAUUAUCUGGCGAUAUAAAAAAGUCAUAAAGAAGUAACACAAAAUUGUUCAACAAGGGACGUUAAACAGAAUUAAAAUAAAGACAGAAUAUUUAUUAUUUUUGCUAAAUCCGAGGCAUAACAUAUUAAGAUGAACAAAGACAACUUGUUACAGUCACGUGAAUUUAUUGGUUAUUUUUUAUAAUGAAAUUUUAUUUUUAAUUAUAUACUAUUUUUAUCCUAACAGUAAGGAUGUAAAUUGCAACUUUUGUAUAAACUAUAGCGAAUAAGAAUAUAAUAUAAAAUUGAA